GGGGCGGGGUGGAGGAGGAGGAGGCGUGACGUCACUGCCCGCAGAGAGGGGCCCACCCGGGCGGGAGAGGACGCCUCCGCCGCCGCGGCACUCGGACAUGUCCUCGCCGGACGAGGAGCAGCCAUGGGUGCCGACACACGUCCAGGUGACGGUGCUCCGGGGCAGGGCGCUGCGGGGCAAGGGCAAGCACGGCACCAGCGACGCCUACGCCGUCAUCCAGCUCGGCAAGGAGAAGUACUCGACGUGCGUGGCGGAGAACCACACCGAGCCCGAGUGGCGGGAGGAGUGCUCCUUCCAGCUGCAGCCCGGCGGCCCGGCGCCGGCCGGCGAGCUCGUCCUCACCGUCAUGCACCGCGCUCUCAUCGGCCUCGACGUCUUCCUGGGCCAGGCGGCCGUCCGGCUGGAGCAGCUCUUCCAGGAGAGCCUCAGAGGCGUCAAAAGCCAGUGGUACCGACUGAACUCCAAGACGGGCAAGAAGGAGAAGGAACGCGGCGACAUCCAGGUCAGCGUCCAGUUCACGCGCAACAACCUGACGGCCAGCAUGUACGACCUGGUCAUGAAGGACAAGAGCGUCUCCACCUUCAGCAAGCUAAAGGAGCGCAUGGGGGGCAAGAGGAGGUCCAGCGACGAGGACUCCUCCUCCGCCGUCCUGCCGGGGGGCUACGGGUCUCUGUGCCGCAUGCGCCAGCGCCUGCCCAGCGACGGCGGCGGCGAGGAGGACUACGAGGACGACGAGGGCGGCGAGGUGCGGCGGAGCAAGAUGAGAACGUUCUUCCUGAGGGGCAAGCUGCGGAAGUCGUCGGACACGCGCUCCAGCACCUCGCUGGGCUCGGAGAGCAGCGAGUCGUCGCGGGGGGGCAGCCUCAGCCCCACGGCGGGCAUCAGCGUGGUGGUCUCGGACCUCUCCAACUCGCCCAGCAACAGCAGCAACCUGACCGCAGACAGCCCAGAGCACACGGCCGACACCUCCCCCAAGUUGUCUCCCCUGCGAUGUGACUCCGACCAGGACUUCCACCAAAUCACCAUCGCCGUGCCUCAGCACAACCUCCUGCCCCCAGACCCGGGUCAGCUCCACAAGACCCUGCCUCUCUCCGUCUCCUUGCAGAGUCUCCACCCCCGGACCCCCGCCGACCUCCUGCACGGCACGGUGGGAGACGGGCGCCGCUGGUCCUUCGACAAGGCCGGCGAGGAGGAGGCGGCGGCCAUAGCGGCGGCCCUGGAGAAGAGCUGGGAGGAGGAGGAGGAGGAGGAGGGAGGCAAGAGCUCCAUCCCCCCCGGGGGGACGGAGACCAGGCAGGGCACAGGUGCUGCAGGGAAACACCCCAGCUGCUUUGGAUCCAAGGAGGUGGACAGCAAACCAAGCCUGGUGGUGUCCCGUAAACUAGACUCGGACUCUAACCCAACCUUUCUGCCCCCACGUGCCCCGCAUCCCACUUCAGCCCCCCCUCCUCUGCGCCAUUUUAACCCCUUCUGCCGCUCGCAGCCGGCGACGCUCACCAUGUCGCCCGCCAACCCUUUUCUCUCCUUCCUCCAGCACAACCCGUUCUAUGAAGACAUGGUAACUCCGCCCCUAACUUCCUCGCUGCCCCCUCUGCCCUUCCUUUCCAGUUCCCGGCCCCCCGUAGCGCAACUCUUCCCGCAGUCGAAUAACCUCACCUCCACGCGGUGCUCUGGCAGUCCGAGUACCCAGGACCUCGUCCCUCGUUUCACCACGGGAGAGGCCUUCGGCAAGAAGGCUGCCAAUCCUUUUACCGGGGAUCAGGAACCCCAUCCGGAGUGGGACGAAUCCUUUGAGGCGUUUGCAUCCGAUAGGCUGCAAGUUCCCAGAGACUGCACCACAGCCGACCAAGGCUUAGUCAGUUCCCGUCCUCAAGAACACGGCACGGAUCAAGGGACAAAUACCAGUGGUAAUGACACACUGAAUCCUAAACCUUCCGGUCUCGCCAUUCACUGUCUGGACACAAUCCCUGAGGAUGCAAGCUUUGAGUACCGCCAUGAAGUCUUCGGCACGUUCACGAUCUCACAUUUGCAUCAAGCUAACACUAACACAAACAUCUUAGCUGACGCUAACACUCAUCCCGCCGCCUGUCCCACCUCCGGUCUGCCGGAUCCCGCCGGCUCCUCGGGUAUAGGCAGCUCUGUCGACGACGACUUCCUCUCCUGCCUUUCUUCGUACUCAGUGUCAGACGUAUUCUCGGCUGGCUCCUCAGAUGAAACCGAGCCACACAGUCUCAGCUCGGAGAUUUUGUCUGAAUCAGCUAUCAGCUAUCAGGAUCGUAGCGCUACUGACGCAGCCCAAAAAACUAUGAUUCCGAACGAGCAAGAGACUGUAGAGGCAGACUGGUCGGAUCCAGAGGGGUCAGGAGUCCUUACCCUGGGAUUGAAAGGUGCGGAUACACAGACACCAACAAGAAAGGACCUGCAACCAGAUCCUAAUAUCUUUCCACGGUCUAACCACCAAAAUGAAGAGAAAUACCGAGGUGAAUCCAGUGGGUCGAUGCAGGCCUUUACUCCGCCAGCUCUCUACGUCCCAACUUCCUCCCCUGACACCAGGAAGUCCUUUCCCCUCGAGGACAUGGGAGGACAGGAAGGUCACCACCAGCCACUUGGACCCUUUAGGCUUUUUGGCGAGCCCUUCGCCGCCGACUCUAACACCUUAGACCAAAACUGCCGGUCACAACCGUCUUCCGUCUCAGAGUUGACCGAGAAGCUCGAUUCUGAGAACUCCAACUUGUGUGAGGAGUUCGGGGGGAUUCCGAGCCCUGCGGAUUCCAACGGGAGUUCGAAAAAACAAAUUGACGGGUUUUCACAGUCUCUGGUCACGGAGGACAAAAGGGGUACUUGUGAGCCAAGAAUCACAGCAAAUGGUGACGAGAGAUUGCCAGUUCUCCCUGCGACUCUGAAAGACUUUCAUUUAAAAGCCGGAAGUAGCGCCGUUUUAGAAGACACGCUUGCGAGAAAGCCACUGCCGUUGCACCGCUCCCGGUCCGAAGAAACCCUCGCAACCACCCUGGACGAGCUCCGGGAGUUGUCCUCUUCCCAGUGUGAGCCCUCCCUUUUCACCCCUUCUGCCGCUCUCCUAACUCCUCAAAGUAGCUGCCUCCCGCCUCUCCCGUCCCCUCCUUCCGGCGCCUCUGCGCCACCCAGCGGGUUCGAGUCGCCCGCCCGCGCAAGGCCUGAACUUCAGGAGGCGCAGGAACGCCGGCAGUGUCGGGAGAACAGCCCCCACCCGGUGAAGCCCCUGAGCGCCGGCACGCCGGCUGAAGGCCGCUCGGUCCUGGAGAAGCUGAAGUCCACCAUCCACCCCGGGAGGAGCAGCCAGCCCAGCGAGCAGGAGGCCGAGGGGAAGAAGGUUCUGACCGAGGGCGCGGGUUCCUACUACCACCUGACCCACAGCGAGCUGGUCGGGCUGCUGGUGCGGCGGGAGGCGGAGCUGGAGAGGAGGAAGGCGGAGUUUCAGCAGCAGAAGGCCCUGCUCGCCAAGCGGGAGGCGGAGCUGAGGCGCUUGAAGCCGCAGGUCCGAGACCUGGAGGACUACAUUGACACGUUGCUGGUGCGCAUCAUGGAGCAGACGCCCACGCUCCUGCAGGUGCGCUCCAAGUUGAAAUGACCUCGCGCUUUUAGUCUCUCGGCGUUUACCUGCGCGGCACGCUUCGUAGUCUUCUCACCGCUGUGCUGACGAGAAGGGUGUGGUCUUCACCGAUGCCGGUCCUCAGGUUGUUUUCCGGUCACCCCGGUUGCCCGUUUUAAGUUGACCCUGUCGCGUCACUCGAUUAUCAACAAUGGAAAAUUCCCAGAAGUCCCGCUUAAUUAGGACGUAUUUGUCAUUUAAAAUGUGCACACAGUACAGCAUCUACCUAUAUGACCCAAUCCAAAAAAACCCUUCCCGCUCACGCCACAAACCGUCAUGCUCGCUGAACUUUGUGGAUAUUAUAAAACAUGUCCGAACGCAAUACCCCAUGUUUGCCGCAUUUUAGCCGCUUGAUAUUUCUCAUUGCUAACAAAACUUAAAGGAGGUCGUCACUGAAGUAAACGAUGUAAGAGUCGCAGGCCCAGAAACGCCGGAGAAGACACAAGUUAGUUAGCCAUUUACUGCGUUAUGGACUCACCCUCAUCGAGACACGACCAAACGCACAUGGCGCUGCCUCCUAAGCCGAAAGUGGUCGACCGGGCCAUUGACAAAUGGCACUAACAGGCCCAGAAACACCAAAGAAGACAAGUUAGUUAGCCAUUUACUGCGUUAUGGACUCACCCUCAUCGAGACACGACCAAACGCACAUGGCGCUGCCUCCUAAGCCGAAAGUGGUCGACCGGGCCAUUGACAAAUGGCACUAACAGGCCCAGAAACACCAAAGAAGACAAGUUAGUUAGCCAUUUACGGCGAUAUGGACUCACCCUCAUCGAGACACGCCCAAAUUAACACGCCGCUGCCCCCUAAGCCGAAAGCGGUCGACCGGGCUAUUGACGAAUGGCACUAACAGGCCCAGAAACGCCGAAGAAGACACACGUUAGUUAGCCAUUUAACAUGUUAUGGACUCACCCUCAUCGAGACACGCCCAAACGCACAAGGCACUGCCUCCUAAGCCGAAAGUGGUCGACCAGGCCAUUGACAAAUGGCACUAACAGGCCCAGAAACGCCGAAAAAGACAAAAGUUAGUUAGCCAUUUACCGCGUUAUGGACUCACCCUCCUCAAGACACGCCCAAACGCACACGGCGCUGCCUCAUAAGCCGAAAGCAGUCGACCGGGCCAUUGACAAAUGGCACUAACAGGCCCAGAAACACCAAAGAAGACAAGUUAGUUAGCCAUUUACGGCGAUAUGGACUCACCCUCAUCGAUACACACCCAAAUUAACACGGUGCUGCCUCCUAAGCCGAAAGCGGUCGACCGGGCUAUUGACAAAUGGCACUAACAGGCCCAGAAACGCUGAAAAAGACACAAGUUAGUUAGCCAUUUACCGCGUUAUGGACUCACCCUCAUCGAGACACGACCAAACGUACACGGCACUGCCUCCUAAGCCGAAAGCGGUCGACCAGGCCAUUGACAAAUGGCACUAACAGGCCCAGAAACGCCGAAAAAGACACAAGUUAGUUAGCCAUUUACCGCGUUAUGGACUCACCUUGAUCGAGACACGCCAAACACACACGGCGCUGCCUCCUAAGCCGAAAGCGGUCGACCGGGCCAUUGAGAAAUGGCACGAACAGGCCCAGAAACGCCGAAAAAGACACAAAUUAGUUAGCCAUUUACCCCGUUAUGGACUCACCCUCAUCGAGACACGACCAAACGAACACGGCGCUGCCUCCCAAGCCGAAAGCGGUCGACCGGGCCAUUGACUAAUGGCACUAACAGGCCCAGAAACGCCGAAAAAGACACAAAUUAGUUAGCCAUUUACCGCGUUAUGGACUCACCCUCAUCGAGACACAACCAAACGCACACGGCGCUGCCUCCUAAGCCGAAAGCGGUCGACCGGGCCAUUGACUAAUGGCACUAACAGGCCCAGAAACGCAGAAAAAGACACAAGUUAGUUAGCCAUUUACCGCGUUAUGGACUCACUCUCAUCGAGACACAACCAAACGCACACGGCGCUGCCUCCUAAGCCGAAAGCGGUCGACCGGGCCAUUGACAAAUGGCACUAACAGGCCCAGAAACGGCAAAGAAGACACAAGUUAGUUAGCCAUUUACCACAAUAUGGACUCACCCUCAUCGAGACACAACCAAACGCACACGGCGCUGCCUCCUAAGCCGAAAGCGGUCGACCGGGCCAUUGAGAAAUGGCACUAACAGGCCCAGAAACGCCGAAAAAGACACAAAUUAGUUAGCCAUUUAGCACAUUAUGAACUCACCCUCAUCGAGACACGCCUAAACGCACACGGCGCUGCCUCUUAAGCCGAAAGCGGUCGACCGGGCCUUUUCCAAAUGGCACUAACAGGCCCAGAAACACCGUAAAAGACACAAAUUAGUUAGCCAUUUAACACGUUAUGAACUCACCCUCAUCGAGACACGCCUAAACGUACACGGCGCUGCCUCCUAAGCCGAAAGCAGUCGACCGGGCCAUUGACAAAUGGCACUAACAGGCCCAGAAACGCCGAAAAAGACACAAAUUAGUUAGCCAUUUACCGCAUUAUGGACUCACCCUCAUCGAGACACGCCAAACGCACACGGCGCUGCCUCCUAAGCCGAAAGCGGUCGACCGGGCCUUUUCCAAAUGGCACUAACAGGCCCAGAAACGCCGAAAAAGACACAAAUUAGUUAGCCAUUUAACACGUUAUGGACUCACCCUCAUCGACACACGCCCAAAUUAACACGGCGCUGCCUCCUAAGCCGAAAGCGGUCGACCGGGCCAUUGACAAAUGGCACUAACAGGCCCAGAAACGCCGAAAAAGACACAAGUUAGUUAGCCAUUUAACACGUUAUGGACUCACCCUCAUCAAGACACGCCAAACGCACACGGCGCUGCCUCCUAAGCCGAAAGCGGUCGACCGGGCCAUUGACUAAUGGCACUAACAGGCCCAGAAACACCAAAGAAGACAAGUUAGUUAGCCAUUUACGGCGAUAUGGACUCACCCUCAUCGAGACACGCCCAAAUUAACACGGCGCUGCCCCCUAAGUCGAAAGCGGUCGACCGGGCUAUUGACGAAUGGCACUAACAGGCCCAGAAACGCAGAAGAAGACACACGUUAGUUAGCCAUUUAACACGUUAUGGACUCACCCUCAUCGAGACACGCCCAAAUUAACACGGCGCUGCCUCCUAAGCCGAAAGCGGUCGACCGGGACAUUGACAACCGGCCAUUGACACGUACUCUUAAUACCUAAUUAUAUUAAUUAUCUAUCCAUUAUUUAUAUACUGGCAAGCGGUAGAAAAUGGAUGGAAAUUAUAACGAGCAUAUGCUAGCCACACCUAGGGAUGGGUACCCCAGCUCACAAGGUCUAUAGGCACCCACCCGGUUCACCUUAGAUCAAACCGUGCCAUGGUUCCGUACUCUUCUUGCAUGUGACGCCGCAUCCGGUCACACCAGUUCAAGCACUAGGCAGGGAAACCAGCGCAGGAGCAGCACUCGGAGCUGCCUUCAGGCCACGUCGACAAAACAAGUUUGCACACUCUCCAACACACGGUAAGGCUAGCUCAAUGCUAAUUUUACAUGGGCUUUCCAUAGACAUGCUAACGGUUAGCAUUAGUGAUUUUACACGGCGAUUUAAAAAAAAAUUCCAAAUGUGGUAAUAAAAAAUGGAACUAAAAUGAGCGUUUGGAAAUAAAACAGCUGGUGUGUAUUAGGUGAAGUACGUAUAGUAUAAACACUUCUGAGGGCGCAACAAGACUAGAUUCAGAACAUGUUUUUAUUUUGUUUUUUUAAUGCAUUCUAAGUCAGUGCAGAAUAAUUUUUUAUAAAAUGUUUGUAAUUUUUUAAUUAUUUUUUGUUAAUUUUUUUUAAAUCAACAUAAACAACACAAGAUACACUUACAAUUAGUGCACCAACCCCCAAAAAACCUCCCUUUUUCAUGACCCCCCCCAAAAAAUACAAAAUAAAUAAAUAAAUAAAAUCCCCCCCUUAAAAAGUUUUAUACACAUAAAGUUAUAUUUAAUUAUUUUGCUUAUUUUAAGGCACCUUGGAAUGAAAGAGGCUUUUUCCUUCAACAACAAGUUUGUGAGCGAAAACAAACAUUGUUAAGUGAACACUUACUGCACGACGUCUGCUCUCACUUUGGACAACAACUCGCUUGGCUUUGAUCUAUUUCUGUUAAGACUGGGGUGUCCAAAGUGGGGCCGGCAGGUAAUAUUUUAACGGCUCUAAUAAGCACAUUCUAAAAAUACGAUUAAACACAUAAAAAGUGAUAUAAUAGAGUAAAAAGGUGAAAUGUAACAAUAAAAUGUUGCAAUGUUGACUCUAAUAACACAAAGCUGCCAUGCAGGCUGCUGUUUACUAAAAAAAAAAAUAAUAAUAAUGAAUCAAAAUCAAUGUCAUUAUGAAUUAUUGAGCUAUUCAAGGCUCCAACGUCACAUUAAAUAUUCCACUUUGAGAUAUUUUUGGGGAAAAUGUUGCAUAUUUUGUUUUUGCCAUAUAAAAAACAAAAGUGGUUUUUUUUCUAUAAUAUAUAUAUAUAUAUAUAUAUAAUAUAAAAUUAUAUAUAGAUAUAGAUAUUCAUACAUAUAUAAACACAUAUAUACACACAUAUAUAUAUAUAUAUAUAUAUAUAUAUAUAUAUAUAUUUGUAUUUAUAUAUUUUGGGGGGGAAAUGUUGCAUAUUUUGUGUUUGCCAUAUAAAAAACAAAGUUGUUUUUUUUCUAUA